AUGCUCCGAGCGAGCCUACACGCAGACGCUACGCCUGGGAAAUUUCCUCAAGAUGGACAGGUGCUCCCAUCUGACGAGAGCGGGUCAGACGACGGCAGCAAGCACGGGCAGGGCAGUUGGCAGAAGGCAAAGCUCAAGUGGAAGCCGCCCCAGACUGUGUGGCGGGCGUUUGCAACCCUCAUCAUGGCGGGACAGGUGUCCAUGCGUGUGCUGACGGGGCGCGUACACUGGCGCAAUCUGCUGACUCAGCUUCAGAUCGUGGGGCCAGGAUCUCUCGGAGUCUCCCUGCUGACAGCAUGUUUCGUUGGCAUGGCUUUCACCAUCCAGUUCGUGCGGGAGUUCGCCCGGCUGGGCUUGACUCGUUCUGUGGGGGGGGUGCUGGCGCUGGCGCUGUGCCGAGAACUCUCCCCCGUCGUCACCGCUAUCAUCAUGGCUGGGCGCGUGGGCAGCUCCUUUGCUGCUGAACUAGGCACCAUGCAGGUAUCAGAGCAAACGGACACCCUGCGAGUUCUCAAGACCGACCCAGUCGACUACCUUGUGACUCCGCGAGUGGUGGCAUGCGCUGUGGCCCUGCCAGUGCUCACCCUGCUGUGCUUCACGGUGGGCAUGGCGUCCUCUGUGUUCCUGGCCGAUGCCGUCUACAAUGUGAGCUCCAACAUCAUCCUCGACUCCGCUGCCAGGGCGUUGCAGGCGUGGGACGUGCUGAGCAUGAUGGUGAAGGCGGUGGUGUUUGGGGGCAUCAUAGCGGAUGCGUGGGACGUGCUGAGCAUGAUGGUGAAGGCGGUGGUGUUUGGGGGGAUCAUAGCGGAUGUGAGCUGCGGGUGGGGCAUGACCACACAGGGCGGCGCCAAGGGCGUCGGCGAAUCCACCACGGCUGCCGUCGUCAUCUCGCUGGUUCUCGUCUUUAUCGCCGACUUUGCCCUCUCCUGGUGCUUCUUCCAAGGCCCGGGGGAUGCUCUGAAAGCGGCUAUGGGGUAG